AUGAGAGCAGAAGACGCGACAACGUUUCCUAUCCCCGACGAAGACAAGCUGGUGAUCCCUGAAUACAUGAAGCGCAUCCUCGCCGAGAUUACCGCCCAGGCACGCCUGAGCAGCGAAAUCAACCAGCGCUCCGGCGUCAGCGUGCGGGUGUCCAUCGCCAACUUCGAGACCGCCCUGUCCAACUCCGUGCGCCGCAGCAUAAUUAACGGCGAGGAAUGGGCCUGCCCACGGGUCAGCGACCUCUCCUACAUCGUCGCGUCCUUUGCCGGCAAGAUAGAGCUGGAGACCUUUGAGGAGGGACGGGAGUCCCGCGUCACCGACGAGCUGACUCGCCGGUCUGUCCUGCGGGUAUUCGGAGCGAUGUUCGACCUGGAUGAACUGGAAGACGUGAUCAUGGCCUUUGACCUGGGUGGGUUGGCCGUGACCGGCAGCGACCAUCCGGCAGCUGAAUACCCCGAAAUGGUCGCGGCCAUCGACGGCUUGUCUGCAGCAGUGACGAAGCUGACCGAGGGCGACCGCCGCCCGGAGGUAGUCGCCGCGGCGGCGGAGUUCGUUCUGGAAGGACUGCACCUCAGCCGCCGCCUUAACUGCGACCGGUCCGGUGACGGCUACCGCUACUCCCGGUAG